GAACCGGACCGUGGCAAAAAUUUAUUUUCCAUAAACGAAAAUUCAUAAAAACUUGGACGUUAGGGUUUCCGGGUGGCGGGAAGAUCAGGCGGGAUAAAAACAAAGAGAUUGAGUGAGAGGAGAACAGAAAUAGAAAUAGAAGAAAUGGCUAACAAGCUGAUCAGCGAAAUGGGACUGCCCAAAUCAAUCGCAAACAUAUUUGCGGCUCGGAAUAUCAAUACUGCCAAGGAUGCGUUAUCUUUGACUGAAUUCGAGUUGAUGGAGCUGUUAGAUGUGGGAAUGGCGGAUGUAACAUCUGCAGUGGCGCACAUUAGCGCAGUUGUUUCGCCUCCAUAUCAAACUGUGGGUGCACUUUUUUUGAUGGAGCAACGGCUACAAAAUGAGCAAUUUGCAGGGCAUCUGCCCACUCGUCUUAAGGGAUUAGAUGAUGCCUUAUGCGGUGGCAUACCAUUUGGUGUUUUGACAGAGUUAGUUGGUCCAGCUGGAAUUGGUAAAACACAAUUUUGCCUGAAGAUAUCGUUGCUGGCUUCACUGCCAGCAAGUUAUGGAGGUUUAGAAGGCCAUGUAGUAUAUAUUGAUGUAGAAUCCAAAUUUAGUUCAAGAAGGAUAAUAGAAAUUGGAUCAACAAGUUUUCCAGAGAUAUUUCAUAGGAAAGGAAUGGCACAGGAGAUGGCUGGUAGGAUACUUGUUCUGCGACCAACAUCACUUUCUGAAUUUACUGAGAGUUUGCAACAAAUCAAGGUUUUGCUACUUCAACAACAAGUGAAGUUGUUAGUUAUUGAUAGCAUGGCUGCUCUAAUUUCAGGGGAAUAUGAUCAGGGGGCUCCUAGACAACAUUCAUUGGGAUGGCAUAUUUCUUUUCUUAAGUCACUUGCUGAAUUUUCGCGAAUACCUGUUGUGGUGACAAAUCAAGUGAGAUCUCAAAGACGUGAUGAAGUCUGCCAGUAUUCUUUUCAAGCACAAAAAAAUGCUGAAACUCAAGAGGGAACUGACAAAUAUGAUUCUCAUGUUGUUGCUGCUUUGGGAAUUCAUUGGGCUCAUUCUGUCACCAUUCGUCUUGUGCUUGAAGCUAAAUCAGGUCAGAGGUACAUUAAGGUGGCGAAAUCUCCAAUGUCACCACCCAUAGCGUUCCCUUUUAUCAUAACAUCAUCGGGGAUAGCAUUACUGGAGGAUGAUGGAAUAGAACUGAGAGGGCAAGAGAUAAACACAAUUCAUUGUCAAGGCCUUGAUGAAAUUAUUAAUUUUGAUGGGGAAAGGAUGAAGUAAUCAAUCAGAUUGAAGAGUCAUAGGUUGAGAAAAGUACGAAAUGCACUUAAAAUAGAACUCAAAUUAGAGAAUACCAACUCAAAAAUUGUUUUGGAGGCAGAUUGAUAGGACAGGGGGUCCAAAAACAAGGAGUUUUAAGGUAUAUUCCAGAAGAGCUAAAGGACAAAAUGAAGGAUUGGUAGCAGAUGGGAAUUUGGCGGCCAGCCAAUAUGGGAGAGUAUGCCAACUGUCAUGAAUCAGUUAUAACCGAAGCACCCAAUCCAACUUAUAGGGAGUGCAGCAGAAAGGGAGGGCAUCUUUUGCAAUCUGUAAUUGGGAAUUUCUCUGAAGAGAAAGGGCAGGGUAUUCUGCACGGGAGGUUUACUACUGGUCUUGGGAUUCACUCUGUUUUUUUGUUUUUCUUUCUAUUUUCUUUCUCUAAAAUUUUGUUUAACUUUGCCGUUGUUGUUUGGUAUUGAAACAAGAGCAGGAACUUAUUAGAAGAGAUAUUGAUUGUAACUAUUUUUCUUGCUUUUGUGAAUAGUGCUGUCAUCAAGACAAUCAUUUUCUCUUCAAUUAUCUGUGUGUCAAAUCCUUACUCCUUGCUCUAUUGAUUUGGUCCGACCUGCCGAAUCCCUUUCCCUCAUGACCAAAACUAGAAUGGAGAAAAUGGAGCAGGUAGAGAGGAGUGUGAGUGAGUUGGAAGGAGCUAUAGCUGCAAUACGAUUGGGGUAGGAACAUAUUUAGGCAGAGCAGGAAACAAAAGUUUAAUAGGUUGGAAGCUUUAAUAGCCACCUUGGUUAAAGGCAAGGGAACAACAGAGGUGGGUGAUUACAGUUCAGUCUCCCAUUAUUAUGACUCCCCUAAACUCGUCUGACGCAAGAGCAUAGACCCUUAUUGUUGGAGGAUAUUACUUCGGUGGCAAAGAAAGUGGAGAUGCCGAAUUUUGAUGGAACAGAUAUGGUGGAAUGGGUGCCUAGAACUGAAAAAUUCUUUGGAAUACAGGACACCGCAGAGGAAAUCAAAAUUUCUCUUGCUCUCGUGAGUAUGGAAGGAUCACCUCUGCACUUGUUGUGUUGGUUGCAGCAAAGAAAUCUUCAACUAACAUGCGCUCAGCUGCGGGAGGAGUUAAUGCAAUGAUACAAUAAUGAAAUGUCGGAAAAUCCAUAUGAGCACUUGGUGGCACUAGUGCAGGUUAGAACGAUGGCUGAAUAUGUAAAUGAAUUUGUAACUAGAGCUUCACUGGUACCCGAUGUUAUAUACAGACAUCGUUGGGUUUCUUCUUGAAUGGAUUGAGGGAAGACAUAAGAUUGCGGCUUUGCUCCCAUGAGACUACUGAUUUACAGAACUAUGAAAUCGGUUCUUGAGAUUGAACGAUAACGAUUAUCUUCUUCCAAGAGCUAAAGGACAACAUGGGCAGAUGGUGGAUUGUAGCAGAAGGGGAUCAGCCAUGGGUUGGGUCAGAAAUCAUUGGGUUUUCAAAUUCAAAAAGGACCAAUUGUGCCUCGUACAAUUUACAAAUGGGAUGGGCCACUCUCAAAAGCACUUGAUAACCGGACCCACCCGACCACUAAAGUCUCAGCUCCAACAGGUGGUCCUCCUAGAGCCCUCAACUAUUCAAAUCGACAAGCUGCUCGACAAUACUGGGCAUCAAGAGUACCAGGAGAUGAGGGUAAAGGGGCUUUGUUUUAAGUGCAAACAGCCAUACUCACCUUUGCAUGAGUAUCCGAGUAAGUCUCAGGGCCAGCAUUGCUGGGGAAGAUGAAUUUUCGGUUGAGGAAGGGGAAACUACAGAGAUUGAAGGUGAGGCACUGGAAACUGAGAUCAUCGAAGCCCUUUCUCCAGAAUAGAACUACCAAUGUUCUCACUGGAGGGUAUUCAUAGACCUAGAACGAUGAAGUUCCGUGGGUUGGUAGACGAGAAUGAAGUAGUGGUCCUAAUCGAUAGCGGGGCAAGUCACAAUUUUGUGUCUUCUAAUUUGGUGCAACAGAUGAAGAAAACAGGAGAUGUAGAUUAUGCAGCGACUAUGUGGCCCCUAGAAACUCAUGUGAAGUUUGAAGAAGCUGAAGAUAACCUCCAACCAUAACAAUAGGAAUUACAGAAGUUAAUUAGCAGGUAUGGGAAAAUUUUUGAGGAAAUACGGGAGCUGCCUCCACAAAGACCAGCGGAUCACCGCAUUCCUAUGCAAUUGGGUAUGGGUCCUGUAUCUGUUAAACCAUAAUGAUAUGGCCACAUUUAAAAGGAUGAGAUUGAGACAACGGUUAGGGAUAAGCUUGCAGCAAGGAUCAUACGGCCUAGCACCAGUCCGUUCUCAAGCCCAGUACUGUUGGUAAAAAAGAAAGACAGAAGUUGGAGAUUUUGCAUAGGCUAUCGGCAGCUCAAUAGGCUAUCGGCAGCUCAACGAAGCCAUAGUACCCAAUAAGCAUCCUAUUCCUGUGAUUCAAGAAUUGUUUGAAGAAUUAUAGCACAUAUUUCACGAACUUGGACUUGAUAUCUGGAUAUCAUCAAUUCCGCAGACCACAUUUCGAACUCAUUCGUGGCACUAUGAGUUUAUAGUCAUACCUUUUGACUUAAUGAAUGCUCCAACAACUUUUCAAGCAGUCAUGAUUGAUAUUUUCAGACCUCAAUUGGUGUUCUUCGAUGACAUCUUAAUAUACAGUAAAGAUUGGGAAUCUCAUAUGAAGCAUUUGGAGAAGGUAUUCAAAAUCUUACAAGAACAAAGGUUUCAUGUCAACGGGAAGAAAUGUUCUUUUGGUAGAUUCUCGAUAGAAUAUCUAGGACACAUAAUUUCAACAAAAGGGGUGGAGAUGGAUCACAGAAAGGUGUAUGCUAUUAUUCAAUGGCCAAUCCUAAAUCAAUUAAAGCUAUACGAGGAUUUUUAGGACUUACUGGGUAUUAUCACAGGUUCAUCAAAGGAUAUGGACAGUUGGCUCAACCACUGACAGCUCUACUUAAAAAGAGCAUUCUCAAAAGUUUCAGUGGAAUGAAGAGGUUCAGGUGGCAUUCGAAUCAUUAAAGAAAUCGAUUAUUUCAUCACAUGUUUUGUCACUGCCAAAAUUUCAGUUACCAUUAGUGGUCGAGUGAGAUGCGUCUGGAAUUGGUGUAGGAGCUAUAUUGAUGCAACAAGGGCGUCCCAUUGCUUUCUUCAACAAGGCUGUGUCAGGGAAAUUUUUAUGCUAAAUCAAUGUAUGGAAGGGAAUUAAUGGCUUUGGUUCUGGCUAUUCAAAACCGGAGGCCUUACUUGAUAGGGCAUAAAUUCACUGUUAAAACAAAAAAUGGCAAGCACACCUGCCCAGCAAUAUUUGAUCUCAAAGCUGAUGGGGUACGGUUUUAUGAUUGAAUAUAGAACUGGCAAAUCAAAUAGAGCAACAGAUGUUUUAUCCAGAAGGGAGGAAGAAGUGGAAAUUCAGAUUGUUCUGUUCUGCAAUGGGCUGAUUGGGAUCAAAUUAAUGUUGAAGUUCAGCAGGACAGUGACCUACGAAAGAUCAUUCAAGACUUGCAGACAGGGACUCAACAACAUAUCAAUUACUCCCUUAUUCAUGGAAGGUGACAUUACAAAGGAAGGUUAGUGCUACCUGCAAAAUCCCCAUGGAGGCAUGGAUACACAAAUUAAUUUCUGAGGUUAGAGAGGGCAUUCCGGAGCAUAUCGUACUUACAGGUGUUUGGCUUCUAACUUCUAUUGGAAGGGGAUGAUGUUGACUUUCUAGAAAUUCGUGGCAGCUUAUUUGGUCUGUCAAACACACAAAUAUGAAACUCAGAGCCCUGCUGAAUUAUUGCAGUCACUUCCCUUACUAGAGAACAUUUGGGAAGAUAUAUCAAUUGACUUCAUCAUAGGAAUGCCACGUUCAAAGAAAUCUGAUUGUAUUUUUGUGGUGGUUGAUUGAUUGUCUAAAUUUAGUCAUUUUAUUCCUUUUGGACAUCCUUUACUGUCAAAGAUGUAGUAGAGAUAUUUGUUAGAGAAGUGGUGCAAUUGCAUGGAGUGCCAUGGACGAUAGUAAGUGAUUGAGACCCUCUGUUUCUUAGUAAUUUUUUAGGAGAAAUUUUCAGAAUACAAGGGACAAUUAAAAUUCAGUACCGCUACCAUCCUCAGUUGGACGGGCAAACAGAGGUCUUGAAUAGGUGGUUGGAGACCUAUUUAAGAUGUUUUUCUUCUGAGCAGCCUAGAGGAUGGUCGAAGAGGUUAUGUUGGGCAGAGUAUUGGUAUACUACCGGUUUCCAAUCAGCCAUUAGAAGGACACCGUUCGAGGUUAUAUAUGGGUGACCAUCCCCUGCUCUUCAUCAGUAUUUGCCAGGAGAAACCAGAGUGGAAGUUAUCUCUCAACACUUUCAAGAUAGGGAUGAAAUUUUGAGACAACUCAAAUUUAAUUUGCAUCGUGCUCAGAAGAUAAUGAAAAAGAAUGCGGACAAACACCGGCGAGAUUUAGAAUUUGCUGUUGGGGAUCGUGUUUUCCUGAAAUUAAGACCUCACAGAUAGCACUCAGUGGCAAUCCGAGUUUAUCCUAAGCUGCCCACCCAUUAUUUUGGGCCAUUUGAGGUGAUCGCAAAAAUAGGUGCAGUAGCGCAUAAGCUGAAGUUGCUUGAUACAAGAAAAUAUAUCCUAUGUUUCAUAUUUUUCAAUUAAAACGAGUUGUGGGUUAUCACCCUAUCAUUGCAAAUAUACCAACCCAAUUAGAAGUUUUAGAUGAAGAAAUGGUUGAACCCUGAACUUAUUUGUCAAUAGAGACAGCUGCGUGAAGCUAAUCAACUGAUAUCCUAAGUGUUGGUAAAAUGGAAAGGGAAAGAGAUAGAACAAGCUACAUGCAUGAAUUCAUCGGAUUGACAAGGUCAAUUUUCGUAUUUCAGCCUCGGGGACAAGGCUAAUCUUCGACAGGGAGGUAAUGAUAGGGCAGAGGGUCCAAAAACAAGGAGUUUUAAGGUAUAUUCCAGAAGAGCUCAAAGACAAAAAUGAAGGAUUGGCAGCAGUUGGGAAUUGGGCAGCAGCCUCUGGAAAUAUCGGAGAGUCCAACGGUCAUGAAUAAGUUAUAAUCGAAGCACCCAAUCCAACUUAUAGGGGAGGGCAGCAGAAAGGGAGACAUCUUUAGCAAUCUGUAAUUGGGAGUUACUCUGAAGAAAAAAGGCAAUGUAUUGUAUUCUGGACAAGAUUUUUACUCUUGGUCUUGGGAUUCAAUCUGUUUUUUAUUUUUCUUUUUAUUUUCUUUCUCUGAAAUUUCAUUUUACUUUUCUGUUGUUGUUUGGUAUUGAAACAAGAGCAAUAACUUCUUAGAAGAGAUAUUGAUUGUAACUAUUUUUCUUGCCAUUGUGAAUAGUGUUGUCAUCAAUGCAAGUAUUUUCUCUU